CCUUCUUGUUUGGCGUUUCAUUUGUAUGCUCUUAACAAGCCUCCAAAUACUCAAGCUGUCGUAACCGCAGAGCUAAGACAGAUAUUGCGAAUAAUGGCGUCAGCGUUAGAAGGUUAUAUCAACCACACAAUUUCAGUGGUGACCAGUGAUGGGCGAAUGAUAGUUGGAACCUUGAAGGGAUUUGACCAGACAAUUAAUUUAAUACUUGAUGAAAGCCAUGAAAGAGUGUUUAGUUCAUCCCAGGGUGUAGAACAAGUUGUAUUAGGAUUGUAUAUUAUUAGGGGUGAUAACAUAGCCGUAGUUGGUGAAAUAGAUGAUGAAACGGACAAUUCUUUAGAUCUUGCAAAUAUAAAAGCUGAACCUCUCAAUCCAGUAGUCCAUUAACUGAUGGGCAGACAUUUUAAUAUUACUUGAGACUUUAUCCUGAAUUGUACCUGGACAAGGGAUUUCAAACGGAUAUAUUGGCGUUGUGUACUCCGUAUGCCAAUUGGAACAUCACGGAACAAUCCCAUCAUGCAUUGCCCAUAAGCGAGCAUGUGAUGUAUUGCAAGGAUUUUAUAUAUCCAAGAUGAACUCAUUCUGUGCACUUGAAACAUGAAGGAAAAUGAUUCUCAGUUUAUAGUAAGAAUGUUUUGAAGGAAAAAAUAUUAUGUGGUGGUUGUUAUUCCUUUAUUUUUAUCAGUAUUUUAACUGAGGAAGAGGUGGUGGAUUUACUACGGCUGUGUCACUAUCAUGUAAGCUGAGGGGUCAAUAAUACAAAUGAUUUUUCUAAGAAUAUUACACAUUUCAUGUGUUAUGGACCCCUUAUAUCACAUGAAUUCAGAGUUGGAGUACAUUUCUGAAAAUGUUAUUCCCAAUGGAGUUGUUUUAAUGAGUGCUACAAUCAUUGUUUAAGAUUUAUAGAAUUUGUAUUAAAGAAUAUUUUGAUAAAACUUAUCGAAAAAAAAAAAAAAAC